AUGCAAGGUGUUUUACAAAGUGUUGAUAUAAAUAUUCAAACUUCUUGUGGUCUUCUUGAGCAAGCAAUUGGAUCAUUAUCAGAAUUGCGACAGAAUUACAAUGACAUUGUUAAAAUUGCUAAUGAUUUAUGUUCUAAAUGGGGUAUUUCAUCUAAAUUUCCAUCACAACGUCAACAAUUUACCAAAUUACAUUUUGAUGAAAUCGAUGGUGACAGAAGGUUAAAAAUAACAAAAGAAAACUUUAGAAUUGAAAUAUUUUAUCCUGUUGUAGAUACUGCUUUAGCACAACUAAGAAAUAGAUUUAAAGGAUUAAAAGUAAUCGUAUCGACUUUUGAAUUUUUAAAUCCAACUCUUCUAAGAAGUACUGAAGAAAAUUAUUUAAUAAAAUGUUCUUUUGAUUUUAUUCAACAUUAUAAGUCAGAUGUGACUUCAGAUUUUACUCGACAGUUACUAACUUUUUGUGAUGUUCUAACAGCUUGUAUAAUUUUUUUGAUAAUUCCUGUUACUGUGGCUUCAGCAGAAAGAUCUUUUUCCAAACUUAAAUUGAUAAAAAAUUACUUGAGGAAUUCUACUUCUCAAGAAAGGUUAAGGAUAUGA